AUGAAAAAGAUAGCACCAAAUUUGUCAGAUUAUUAAUCUGCAGGAUAAGGAUAAUUGCUGAAAUAUAUUCAGACAUUAAGAGAAGUAGAAUAGAACAGCAUUAUUCAUAAGUUAGAGUAAUACGAUAUAAAAUAAUUGUAUCAUGUAAUAUAGUGUUUAGAACUUAGGUUUAUCAAUAAUUCAAAGCAAAGAUAGUAUAGAUGACACCAUAUGAGACAAUCAAAUGUUUAGAGUUUAAUGGAAAAGACGAAGAGAUUGGAUUUACAACAAUAGCAGAGGGCAAACGUAUACGGUAAUACUCACUAUUUAGUGGCAAUCGUAUUGAGUGCUCAGCAAAACAUAAGUUUGUUAGACAUCCAGUUGCCUUCACAUAAGUGUUUGUUUCAAUUGUAUUGCGAACGAAUUUGGAGUCUUUAGAAUGUAAUCAAACAACGUUGUGGAAAAUGUUUACCAAUAUUAAUAUUUAUAAUGACUACCAAUAUUAAUCAUGAUAUGAUUACUAGCUUUUUUUAAGAUAAAAAUCAUUUUGGUUUGUAAGAAGAUCAGAUUUUUUUUAUAUAAUAAGAUAAAUUACCAUUAUUAAGUAUGGAUGGACAAAUUCUUUUUAAUAAUGAAUUUUAGAUUUCUGAUGAAUCAAUAGGAAAUGGAUAUAUUUAUUUAAAUCAAUCUGUUUUAGAUACAAUGAAAUUUUUAGGAAUAACAAUUCUUCAUUUAUGUUCUAUUGAAAAUGUCCUAUGUAAAUUUGGAGAUCCUAUUUGGAUUGGUGCAUUCAUUAGAAAUCAAUUAUAUUUUAGUGCAAAAUGUGUACAGAAACGUAGUGUUGAUGAAAAUCUUGGAAUCAUAGUCAAUUAAUUUAAUUAAGGUUUAUAAUAUAAAGGUAUAAUUAUAUAGAAUUAUAUAUCUUUAGAAUAUGAUGAAAUUUCAUAUAAUGAUUUAGUCAAAAAAGAUAAAAAUGGAAAUUUGGUUAAUCCUGAUGGAGUCAUUGGUUAAGUCUUAUGUUCAUUGGAUUAUGCUAUAGAACUUUGUUGCAAUUAUAAAAAACAUAUUUUGUCUAAGUAGAGAUUUACAAUCAAACUAGUUUCCAUAUUCGAUAAAAGAAAUGUACAUAUUUUGAUUACAUAACUUCCAGAUUAAUCAAACCUAUGUAAUAACCAAAUGCUCUAAAAUUCGAAUUGACAUAUUAUGAAGCUAUUCCUUAUUGUCCAAUACAAUCUUUUGGAUUAUUCAGAGUCAAAAGAGAAGAUGAAUAUGCUCCAAUUCUCAAUUCUUCAAAUGAAAGUAAAGACACCAUUCAUACAGCAAGACAAGCCUAUAUGUAUAGAGAUUAAAAAUGGAUGUCAUAAUUAGGUUUUGAAGUUAAUUCAGAAUUUGAGAUUUCACCUAAAUUAACUUAUUUUGGAGAAGGAUUGGAAGAAGCUACAAAAAAAUAGAUAAAAAAUAAAUAAUAAAUUCCACUUAUUCUACAUAGUGAAAAAUAAAUUAGAACUGUUAGAGUUAAUAGUGUUCAUAAUUAAUAACCAUAAAGUUCACCUAACAAAUAUUCUUCUUAAACUGUUAAUACAUAAAGUUUCUUAUAAUAAAAAAUGAGUAUUCAUUAAAGUUUGAAUCAUCUAAAAUAACCUAUUACUAAUUCAUUAGUUACUCCAACUAAUAAUUAAAGUUUCCAAUUAUCUGGUAGAAAAAGUAUAGAUUAAAAACCAAAUAGAUAGACUGAUUAUUAUCAUAGACCUAAUCUAAAUUAAUUAAACAAACCUAUUUAUUAUGUACCUAAUACAUAUUAUUUACCAAAAAAAUGA